AUGGAGUCGAGUAAGAUUGACGACAUCUAUGCUCGCCAAUUGACCUUCACAUCUCAACCACAAACUAUUUCUUGGAGCAAUUUCCAAUCCAACUUCGGACCACCAAAAUUCAAUAAGCAAGCGCAAAGUCCUUCGGAAAAAACUGACGAAGAAUCGAUAACAAAGAAAUCGAGUCGCCCCACUAAAAGAACAACCUUCACCGUUCAUCAGAUUUCAAUGCUUGAACUCGAAUUCUCGAAGAACGAGUACAUUUGCAAAGACCGUCGAGGUGAAUUAGCGAGAAGUAUAGAUUUGUCGGAAUGUCAAGUAAAAACUUGGUUCCAAAAUCGCCGAACAAAAAAGAGAAGAUUCAUCUCUCCAGUAAAAAUAACGAAUACUCCGAAGGAAAUCCAUCCCGAUUAUCAACCAUACUGGCCGUACGCACUUCCAAUUCACAAAUAA